CUGCUGAUCUCAGCAAAUAAGUACUCCAGCAAGUACCUUGCUGGAGGUUUUAGGCUUCCAGUGUCCUCCUUCUGGUCCCGCCUGCACCAUCCUAUAGGGUGAGCGGCCUGGGAGAAGCUCUUGCUUCUCAGGCACGCCUAUUGGGCACGCCCGACUUCAGAAAGAUAGCCUACGGUUUUCAGUUGGGAUCUACUAGUCUCUGCCAAAGCGGACUCUGCAAACCGCUCGAGUGCUGCUGUGCUAGUGGAUUACCGGUGCGUGGGUCUCGGGUGUCCUAGGGUGGGUGAGACAUUCUGAGCGGUUGGGGAAGCCGCAGUCAGAGCGUUACCCGUUUACUCUUUCCAGGGACUAAGCGGCUAGUAGGAUUUUAGCUUGUCCUCACCUCUUUAGAGGUCAGGGAAGAGAGUCACUGCGUCCGGCUGGGUUCACUCACAAGUAAGAGCCACUGGCCAGAUGGAGCCCAGCACCUCAACCAAGAAGCAUUUCACCAUCAAUGACUUUGAAAUCGGGCGUCCUCUGGGCAGGGGGAAAUUUGGGCGUGUGUACCUGGCUCGGCUCAAGGAAAAUCAUUUCAUCGUGGCCCUGAAGGUCCUCUUCAAGUCUGAGAUAGGGAAGGAGGGAUUGGAACACCAACUUCGCAGGGAAGUGGAGAUCCAGUCGCACUUACAACACCCGAAUAUCCUUCGCUUGUACAACUACUUCUACGAUGACAGUCGGGUGUACUUAAUUCUGGAAUAUGCUCCAAGAGGUGAGCUCUAUAAGGAGCUUCAGAGAAACCAGAAAUUGAACCAGCAGCGUACAGCCACGAUAAUAGAGGAGUUGUCAGAUGCUCUGAUCUACUGCCAUAGGAACAAGGUGAUUCAUAGGGACCUCAAGCCAGAGAAUCUCCUGCUGGGCCUCAAGGGCGAGGUGAAGAUCGCAGACUUCGGGUGGUCUGUGCAUACCCCCUCUCUCAGGAGAAAGACAAUGUGUGGGACUCUGGACUACUUACCCCCCGAAAUGAUAGAGGGGAAAUCCUACAACGAGACGGUGGAUCUGUGGUGCAUUGGGGUGCUCUGCUAUGAGCUGCUGGUGGGAAAGCCGCCCUUCGAGAGCAGCACCUCCAGUGAGACAUGCAGACGCAUCUGCCAGGUGGAUUUUAGGUUCCCUUCAUCAAUGCCUGCAGGGGCCCAGGACUUGAUCUCCAAGCUUCUUAGGCACCAUCCGUCAGAGCGGCUGAGCCUGGCCCAGGUCCUGAAGCACCCCUGGGUCAGGAAACACUCUCAAAGGAUGCUACCUCCCUGUGCUCAGAUGGCUUCCUGAGCCCUGUCUGUCUCUUCUAUGUGUUUCUUCAAGGAGCUCUCUAGGCUCUGUUUGUUACUGCAUGUGGUUUGCUUGUUUUCUCUUUUAUCACGUGAUGAUAAUUAAAACUGAUUAAUUUAGCAUCA